GAUUGUCUUUUGGCCAACUUUUAGUGAUGCUUGGUGUGUGUCCAAACUCAGCAUACCUUUGUGUUACCUUGCUCUGUGCAGGGCUGCCUUUGGAAUCCACAAUCCAACAGCAUCAAGGACACGGGAUCUUCCUAUUUUGACUGUAGUCUGUUAGCCAGCACCAGAGGUGUGUGUGUGUGAGUGUGUGUGUGUGUGAGAGAGAGAGAGAGCGAGAGAGAGAGAGAGAGAGAAUGUUUUCUUGAUAAGUUUGACCACACAGACAUACAUCCAGACACAAGAAGGGAGAGCAUGGCACUGUACAUCUACUGUGGGCUGCUGAUGCUCUGCUGGACCAUCCUCUGUGUGGGCAUGCCGGGCGACCCCUUGUUAACAGGUCAGUCGGAAGAAGACAGGCAGGGACCCACAGAAGAAGCAGGGUUUACUGCACAGUUGACAUCACCUCACUCUACAGUAUCUCAUCUGGUCCCUAAAACUGCAGCAUGCUUUUUAGAAGAUGUAUUUGCUGCCAUGCGAGAGUCUUUGGGCAAUGACAGUAAACUGUCACAGGGAGGUAUGACCUUGUUUGGAAUCUGUACAGCAUCUGGGAAUCCCUCAAUGCUGUUGGAGCUGGCAAUGAAAGCCGAGAGCAAGCAUAGAGAUGGACUGGAGGUGCUGCAUCCUACUGAAGUGUUUUUGAUUGAGGAGGAGAAUAGGGAAGCCCUCAAACUCAUUAUUGGCCUCCCCCAAUCUCCUUUGCUGCAACGUACGCCAGUGCUCCUCUUGGCCUUUGAGAGUCCCAUCAGUGGAGGUGACCUGCAUGAGAUCACCUUCAUGAGUCAGUCAUUGCAGCCCAACACACAGGCUGUGUGCAUCUCGGAAGGAACCCAGUACAUUCUACUGCCAGGACGAGCAUCAGUGGGACAACAGGGAUGGAUACUCUCUGUAGACAGUAAAUGGCCUGAUAUGAAAAAAAACAUCAAAGAACUUCUAGGUGGUGAGAAGACAAGAAAAAGAGUGACUCCUGUUCUUCUGUUCUAUAGUGAGGAACAAAGUGACACCAGCUCAUCUCAGCCCCUGCAACUCCUGUGCGAGCUUAGGAGGUUCCUGAAUGGCGUCCUGCCGCCACAGAAUCGUCCACUCUCAUCUCCACUAAAGCUGGACUCCUUACAGGCUCUGCCCCCUCUGACUCUGGGCUUGUCGUCCAGCGAGUCCCUGCUCGCGGAGCUGAUGAACUCCUCUGCUCCCACCAUUUUCUCCUUCAGUGGCUCCAUGUUUAACACCCACCGUGGAGAGCUGGCUAUGCCCCCUGACCUGUUAGAGGAGCUCAGGAAGAGCUUGGAGCACAACCUGAUGCAGAUCACGCAGGUUCUAAGAGAAAAGGAGGGAGGUCAGAGGAGCAUCAAGAGGCUGGAGAGGCUCUCGGAACUCUGUGCCUUUCCCAAGGUGGACUUGCCCUCAGGAGAAAGCCAGUACUGCGCUUUCCUUCUGUUGAAGGCCCUGAAGACGGUGAGCCGGGAGAUUUUGCCACAACUGAGAUCCACCAGAUCUGAAGCCAGCGGCCCAAGGAAGGUGUGCAGCCUGAGGAGCCUAACAGUGUCCCUCGAAAGGUACCUGGUUGGCCCAGACACGGCCGAUAUAAAAAACUGUCAAGGUCUGUGCACGGUACCACUGGUCAACACCAAAAGCCACGCCGUGUUGGUCAACUUCCACAUCGAGAACGGAAACGUGCACGAGCGGGCGCCGUGCUGUGUGCCUGUGGCCUAUGAUUCUCUGGAGGUGGUGGACCUGAACCAGCAUGGGACGUUUCUUUCUGUCUUCGCCGAUGUGGUGGCGAAGGAGUGUGGCUGUCGCUAAAAGCUGAGAUAACUGAUGUAUACUCAUCGGACACAACAUUAGAUACACUAUCAAAUCAGAACCAGUGUGAGUGCGCAGGUGUUCUGCUGAUAGUGUUUUUUGUUUUUUUUAAAUUUUCAUACACUCAUGCAGAUAGGAACAUAUUUUAAAAAUUACCUCAUAUAAUCUUCACUGUAAUUACUCUUUUCACUACUUUUGUGUUAACAUCAACUUAUUUGUGAUGGACAGUCACAAUUUCGUUCAGUAGGUGGUGAUAUAUAUUUUAACAACUCAUACAGCAGUGGUCGGUUGCUAACUAGCACUAGCUACUACUUUUUCUAGUGUUAUUGGGACUUUUAGAAGCAUCGGGUGCUGUUGUAGGCUUCUCCGCCAUCUAAAAGCACUCACAGGCGGCUCAGGCUUGUUUGUGACAAUGACACAAAUGACAAAAACAAGUGGAAGAAAGUUCAUUUGUAUUUAAUAACAUAUUUGUUGUGUUUUUUUUAUGGCCAAUAAUGCAAAUUAGACAAUUACAUAAAUUACUGCCCGCCAACCUACCAACACAAAUAGACUACAGUCUUGUGGGAAACACUGAUAGUAUUGUUGUGAUGUACAUUAAUCCUCUUGAGAAUGCAUAACAAUUAUCAUUAAAUGUCAAGUAUGCUCACUUGUUGACUAAGAUUAAUAAACUGUUAUUGUUUUGUA